AUGGGUUUUACUCCGCAGAGAAUGCAGUUCGCAGUGCUGCAGACUGGCGACUCGGAGGCAUUGCGGGGGCUGGGUGCGCGUUCCACAACCGUCGGCCUGCUUCUGCAUCGUCCAGGAAUCGGAACGACGGACCCCCUGGUCCUCCUCACCUUCGGCCGGAGAGUCACCGACUUCCCGCCGUGCAGAAAGGCCCAUGCCUCGGCCCUGCAUGUGUCCCAGCAAUCCAUUCUCUCCCCGCCCGACCCGUCUGCCGAUGAAACGGCCAACACGCCCUCCGGCCUAUCUGUUCACUCCACACCGAAGCGAAAGUUCGAGGAAGCGUUUAUUGCCGGGUCUGGAGAGCCUCCGUCGGUGCCCCUGACCCCAACGCUGCCGCCUCCGCCGCCGACCUAUCACAACCACUCCAUCAAGGGCUUCGUGCCGGUCGGCGGGCCUGGAGCUGGGCAUGGGCAGGCCUAUGAUGAAAGCAGAGGCAGUGCAGGAUUUACCGUGAUGAGUGCCGUUGAUGACAAAAAGGCCGUCAUCAAGCGGCAGCCUAUGCGGUCGAGCAUAGCUUGCCUUCGGUGUCGAAAGUCGAAGAUCAAGUGUGACAACGACGGAGGCUCUUCACCUUGCGAGACCUGUAUCAAACAGGGCAAGGAUUGCAAGUACCCAGAAGCAACGCCCAUCCCGCCCAAGCGGAGCGAUCCUCCCGCUGGCAUCAAGACUGAACGCGACGCUGGGUCAGAUCGGAAGCGCCUUAAGAAGAUCGAAGACGUGUCACGAGCAGAAGGGCAGCACUCGGCUGCAGCUCACGCUGACGAUGUUUUGUCCGCACACUACUUGACGCCAAAAUUAUGGUCAGAAGUUUUCGACAUCUACAGACUUCACUUUGCCACUGAGUUGCCCUUUCUACACGUACCAACCCUCAAGGAGAACAUGGGCAAUAAGUUCAGGUCAAAUCAGAAGGACGCCUCGCCGGACACUAACCUUGUAUUGCUCGGAGUUCUCACCCUCACCGCCCGAUUCCAUCCGGACCUGGUCAAGUAUGCUACUCACACGGCCAGCUCGCAAGCAGGGGCGAUCAAGAGCCGACCUGUUCAAACCAAACCAGACUCAUCAGCUGCGUCUGAAUACUUUGCCGAGGCUUUGAGAAAGGCUUUGGGUCCCUUGGGAACGACCAUGACCACGGCCUCGGUAGAAAGGGUCCAAGCUUUCUUGAUGUUGGGUUUGUACGAGUGGAGCCAGGUGCAACCGAAGACGGGCGGCUUGGGAGCGUGGAUGUACGUCGGCGUCGCCAUCCGGAUGGCUCAGGCUCUGGGCCUCGGUUUCGGAGACAAGCACGAUCCCAAGUCUCGAGCGCGAGCAAACAAAUCUAGCAAGAGCGUAUCGCCGAAGAUACCCGCGUCACAGCCAGAGCUGAUGAUAGCCAAGGAGAUCAAGAGGAGGACGAUGUUCAGUUGCCUCAUUCUUGACCGGUUACUUGCUUGUGGGAAGGAGCGUGUGCCAACUAUCCGAUCCGAGGACCUCCAGAUCCAGCUGCCGUGUAACGAGUGGGCGUUUGACCUGUCGAAGGAUGUGAGGACCGGAUUUUUGAACGGGUCCCCCGAUGAUCAAGGUCCCAGGGACGCAGAGGAUGACAGCGUGCUCAGCAGGUUCGUGCGGCUGGUGGAUCUCUGGGGCGAGAUCUCCAAAUUCAGCUUCGCGGGCGGUCGCCUGGUUGAGGAGCACCCUCCAUGGGAUCCACGGACGAGGUUUGCUCAGCUCCGGGAAAAGCUGGAAGCGUUCUAUUCCGACCUUCCAUCAACAUUCACCCUCUCGACCUCCAAUUAUCAUAGACACGAAAACCACCAAGCGUCGAGCGUGUAUGUGUCUCUGCACAUGCUGGGUAGCGUCUGUCAGAUCAUGCUCCAUCGCGAAUACAUACCCUUCCUUCCGAUUCGCUGUAGCGGUCCCGUUGGCCCGUUGGACGAGCCAACCUUUCCAGCUGGCAAAUACGAUAUCCCGAAUGGCUUUUGGGAGCAUAGCGCAGAGCAGGUCUUCAAAGCCGCCAAGGACAUCGUCGACGUGAUCGAAAUAUGCCGUGAUAAGCUACCGAUGUCCGCAUUGGUGCUUUUUACCAUCUGGACAGCAGCCUUUGUUGGGCAAUAUGCAUGGCAUUUCCCUCAUAUGGAUCAGCAAAGGCACAUGUUAGUGGAUGAUGAAGAAGAUGGCGAUGGUUCUGAGGCCGAUAUGGACAUGACAAAAGUCGGCCCGACCGCAGUCUGCCACCAAACCCUUGUGCGCUUCUCAGGGUGGCUCAAGAUGGCCUCAACUUAUCUUGGUUAUUUCAAGGAUUUAGAUAAUUACAUGGCCAAGAUCAAAUUCGAAUAUAGCGCGCUCACCCAUGGCAACAACAAAACCGGGACCGCUCCUCAGGACGAUGGCAAGCACCCGAUUCACGGUGGAGGAUUGGAGGAAUGGAAAGUACAGAACGCGAAGAUCAUCAACAAUGGCAUGAUCAUGGCAGAGGAUGAUAGACACGGGCCAUACGGAUGUUCAGAUCAGUCAAGGGCAAGCCCAACGGAGCGCGAAUCCCCCACGGGACCCGAUGUCCACCUCACCGAAAAGACGCCGCGCUCAAUCCCGUCCAUGUUCACAGCGAUCAACAACGCACCCGUUGGGGGACGCCACGAACUGCCAGGCUCGGGCCCGUUAUCCAAAACCGAUGGUCACCCCGGUCCAGAGUACACAAGGGCUGGGCCUAUGCUGCAAGCAGGGCAGCUAUCACCCCCGCCUCUUCACCAGUCUCUGUCCGGGCCUCACGAUCUGGACGUGAUUUCCGAGGCUCGAGUCCGAGAUAUACUCAGCGAGAGCGAGUCCAUGCGGAUCGCUGAAGCCCUGGAGGGCCUUGGCGGAGGCGACAUCCAGGGCUUCUCCUACGGGGACAUACCGGAGGCAAUGCUCUUUGGGCAGACCUUGCCAGGGCUGACUUUUGGGACCUCGAGCAAAUGGCAACUGGCGGAAGACACCGAGACGGGAUGA